GACCUUGAGCUCGACCGGGAAGGGCGAGGCGAACCAGUAAGCAGCCACUCACUAGUAAGGUUCCACUACGAUACCAAUCCGGUCGCCAUCCGUCUUGAGCAGUCCUGACAACUAGCAUCAUGCCACUUGCUAGUCACAGCCAGGCGUCUCUGGCCAUGGUGCUCCUCUUAGUGCUUGUAAUCCCUGUUCAUCUCACUCAGGUGUACGUCUCUGACGCAGCCCAAACCGUGUCUCAAGAGGAGAUAAGUGAAGAGGGUAAGAUCCAGAAUGGCACGAAGGCAGUGAGAGAAGCAGUGGGGAAGUUGCUGAGUGAAUACAACACCGUGCCACUGCCGGGUUUGCCUACAUUUAACAUCAAUAGUGAUAAAAUAAGCAUCAGUAUAAGCCUGGCCAACAUCUAUCUGCAAGGACUUAGUGACAUGAAAUUCUUGGACGUUGGAGUUGGAAUGAUAAAAAACAAAACUGUACAUGGUACUGUGAUGUUUAAGAAGAUACGUCUCCUUGUUGGGACCUACUCAUCCAGUGGCCACAUCAACAACCUUCCAUUCAAUGGAGAGGGACCUAUGUACAUCCACCUGCAUGAUUUCUCCAUUUCCUUCUCUAUCAAAUGGUACUUCAAACCCUUCUCUGUCAUCCCAUGUGUUGAUUACAAUACCAGCCACCUGGCCCUUGAUCUUCUGCGCAUGGAGACUCACUUUGACCAUUUGAAUGCAAAUGAAGGCGCUGAUCUCGGUCAAGUUGUGGACAUUGUCGUCCCUUCCUUUGGACAAGACAUUGUUAAAGAACUUGAGUUCCUCCUCUCCACUACAUAUUAUGAAAAAUUGGAUACCAUCCUUGUUGGACUAAUCAAUAUAAAGACUAAGUGCACCAAAGGGAUACGUGAGGAUGUUCUAAAUACUGUUCAAGUAAUGAAGAUGACACAAGAUAUUAUCAAAGAGUUGAUACCUUGAUCAAAGAGGAAGAGCAUCUGCAUCACUGAACCUUUCAAAGAUGUACUAUGCAUAUGUAUACAUGAUUAAUUUAUUGCUUAGCAUGUUUAUAAUGUAGUAUAUACGAUUAAUUGUAUGUUAAUAUCAAUGAAUAGUAAAAUAUUCUGUGAA